UUUUUAUUAAAUAUAGAGAAAAAUGGCAAAUUAGGUCGAAUUCAAAUAGCUCGGUUUCUUGAGAGGUCAUGCUGAUUGGGUUACCACAAUAAUCACUAAUUAAGACCCAACUUUGGCUGAUUUAGUAAUUUCAGGUUCAAGAGAUAAAUCAGUUCUUGUUUGGAAAUUAUUCAAACAACCAGAUGGUGAAUUGGCUGGUUAACCAAGAAAAUAAUUGAAAGGACAUUCUCACUUUGUUAGCGAUUUGGUUUUAUCAAAUGAUAACAAAUAUUUGUUAUCAGCCUCAUGGGAUAAGGAAUUGAGAUUCUGGGAUUUGGUCAAUGGAACUUGUACAAAUAGAUUUGUUGGAAAUAAAAAGGAAAUCUUCACAUGUGCUAUGAGUCCAGAUAACAGAUAAAUUCUUUGUGGUGGAGCUGAAAGAAAAUUCAAAUUGUACAAUGUUAAAGCUGAAGAAAAACUUACCUAAUAAAACCAUUUCCAUGCUGAUUGGAUUAGUUGUGUAAGAUAUUCACCAAUCAUUAAAAAUAUCUAACCAUACUUUGUUACAGUUGGUUGGGAUGGUUGGCUCAAAGUUUGGAAUUAAAAUUUCACUAUAAGAUUCUAAUUCAAGGCUCAUGAUUCUUAAAUUAAUAGUGUUGCUAUCAAUCCAUCUGGUGAAUAUAUUGCUACAGGAGGUAAAGAUAAAAAAUUGUACAUUUGGAAUAUUACAGAUUUGAAGAAACCAGCAUUUGAAUAUGAUGCAGGAGGUAUCAUUAAUUAAGUAAAGAUAUUUAUUUAAUUAUUAGCUUGCUUUCCAUCCAUAAUAAAAUUGGAUUGUUGCUGCUACAGAAAAUGGAAUUAAGGUUUGGUAAAUUUCAUAAGAAGAAAAAGCAGAAACCAAAACACCAAUUGUUACAUUAGAUCACCACACUGAAAGUAUUAAUUAUAAUAUAAUCUAUUAGCUGCCGUUGCUGGAGGAGUGAAGAAGAUUCAAAAGCAUGGAGCCGUUUCUGUUGCCCUUGAUGCCAAUGGUGCUAAACUCUAUGGAGGAUUCACUGAUGGAUCAAUCUUAGUUUGGGAAGUUUCAACCAAAAAUUGAGAUAAUUAUGUACAUUAAAACAAUUCCAAUAAUCAUACACUAUAGGCAUAACUGUGAAAAAAGUUAAUAGCUUUUUUAAUACGACUGCCUAUUAAGUUAGGAGGAAGGCGUGCUUAGUGAAAAUGAUUGUUGGAAUUUUAAUACAAUAUAAACAAUUUAAC